AUGUAUAAGCCAUCUUCGACUCAGUUUUCGGCCGAGGAGGAAGUUUCUCAGCGAUAUAACAAGGGAAAUGUGGCAGUCAGGCCACAGAAUUCAACUGAACUACGCAAUCUUUUGCCACCAAGUGGAGACGAACUGCGCGAUGCUAUGUGCGUGAUAUUUUCGGGCCAAAAACAAAUCCCAUCGCGUGAGACUGUUAAAAAAUUGCGUCCUGUGCUGGUCACGAAGAGUAGAGUCCAGAAAUUGAUCGGCUUUUUAAUCGACAACAAUCCGUGGUAUCAGCGUAGUGGUGUAGUAUAUAGUCAAGUGAAUAUGGAUGCAUUGUUCGAAGAGAUUGAUCGUGACGUGGACACAGGUGUGCCACGUGCGCUGGCGAUUUGCCAUUUGCCCUCGGAGAAUCGAGAGACGACUGACGAAGGAUUCAGUUCUCGUGACGCUGAUGAAACUCACAAUGGUGAUGUGGAAGUCGGUGAUAUAGUUAUGGAGUCUGUUGGCUAUACCGAAGGUGAUCAUUCUUCAAUUAGCAGAGAGAAGAUGAAGUUGCAUGCACUUGCCUAUGUUUUGGAUCACAAACAAUUUCUCUUGUCACGCACAGGUGGCAAAUUCGUGGCUGAUAACGAUCCCGGACUCAUGUCUUAUUUGUUCCCUCAUUUAGACCCAUGGGAUAUCGGUGGGUUUUUUCAUACUGGCCGAACUGAACAGCAAUACAUUUCUAUGCAGCAGCAAGUGAGAAAUCUCGUUUGUCAAGAUGACUCACCUUUUAGAUCUGAUCCCCAUUUUGCUUUCAAAAGAGAAGUUAGCUUAGCUAAAGAAUUGAAGGAGAUCGCACCUUCGUUGACAACAUUAGCUGAUAAGUGGAAUAAUUCGGUGAACCACAAACCGUCUACUACAGAGGAGAAAAAGGCUGUUCGAAUUCUACGAUGCUUACAAGCGUCAACGAAAUCGGUGAGAGGCAGCGUGGGAUAUAAGUUAUGCCGCCGCAAUGAGAUUCGAUCUUUAAUCAAAAAAUUUUGCACACCUGCGCAAUCCGAGUCCGCAGGAACUUCGAGACCGGAUGGCGAAUGA